GGAUUUAACCAUUUCUUAAUCAACCCAAAGACCAUUUCACCUAGUUAAACCUUAAACCACUUCCCACAGUUUCCACAACCCUCUCUCUUUCUCUGUGUUUUGUCAAAUGGAGAACGGAGAUGACUGGCUAGCUCAAGACAAGUUCCACCACGUCCUUUUCUGCUUUUCUGUUACCAUAUUUUUCUCUCUCCUCGCUACCCGAACCCGGUACGCUUUUCUUCGACGCUGGAGCCUCUGGGUUGGAUCCAUUAUCUCGCUCAUCGCCGGCGCAGCCAAAGAGGCAGCGGACGAGCUUGGAUUUUUCAAAUCCGCUGGCGCGUCAGCCAAAGACGCCUUUGCCGAUGUCCUCGGCAUUCUUAUCGCUGUUCUUGCACUUUCUCUAUAUAAAUCUCUCUUCUCCCGGGUCAGACCCGAUCAAUCGAGCCAAGUACGAGGGCUCCAGAUGGUUUGAUUCGUGGAUUGGAGUUUAAUGGAUCGUUUAAUAGUGAAUUGCUGGAGUCAUCAUCAUCACUGGUUUCAGAGCAUCUGAAUUUAUUAGUGU